GGGGGCGGAUCCUGGGUCGCGACCCCGACCCCUGCCCCGUUCGGCGACUUCGACCCCGACCCCCACCCGGACAGUGACCCCCACCCGGUCAUACCCAUAUGGCCUGGCACGUGUUCCUGACGGGAGCCCCAGGGGUUGGAAAAACAACGCUGAUCCAGAAAGCCAGUGAAGUUUUAAAGUCCUCUGGCUUGCCUGUCGACGGGUUUUAUACCGAAGAAGUCAGACAGGGAGGAAGAAGAAUAGGGUUCGAUGUUGUCACGUUGUCCGGCGCCCGCGGACCUUUAUCCAGGAUUGGGUCAGAGCUUCCGCCUGGAAAGCGUGAGUGCUGCAUUGGGCAGUAUGUGGUGGAUCUGACUUCCUUCGAGCAGCUAGCGCUUCCGGUCUUGAGGAAUGAAGAAAGCAUUCAGUCCCCCACCAUCAAGUAUGAUGUUAGGUGUAGCUUGUUUGUGGACGGCUAA